AUGCGUCGUGCUCUCCGUGCCAAGAAUAAGCUUGGUUUCAUCACUGGUUUUUUGCAGCAACCUAACCAUCCCUUGGACCCCUUACUAGAUCUAUGGGAGAGGUGUAAUGAUAUGGUGGUCUCAUGGAUUCAAAACUCCAUCAAUCCAUCCAUUAAGACCAGUGUGGUGUUCAUCGAUGAUGCUCAAGCCAUCUGGAAGGAUUUGGAGGAGCGCUUCUCACAUCAGAACGGCCCACGCAUUUUUCAGCUUAAGAAGUCACUCUCCAGUCUCCUUCAAGAGCACGAUUCUGUAAGUACCUACUAUGGCAAACUUAAGACACUUUGGGAUGAGCUUUCUCUUUAUGAUCCCUUACUUGCCUGUACUUGUGGAAAUAUGAAAAUCCUUUCAGACCGAUAUCAGAGGGAUUGUGUUUUACAAUUUUUAAUGGGACUCCAUGACUCAUAUUCCCCCAUUCGUGACCAGAUUAUGUUAAUGGACCCUAUCCCAUCUGUUACUAAAGUUUUUUCACUAAUUCAGCAACAAGAAAUGCAUCAUUAG